AUGGAAAAAGCCCAGUACGAACGGGUUCAGUUCAAUCUGAAUCAGGAGUUGAUUGAUUAUCGUGACCGUGUGGAUGACCUGUAUGAGCUCACCAACAAAACCUCGGAGUUGGAGGUCACCGUUUCGCGUUUGAAAAUGGAGAAAGAAGAGGGAGAAGCGUCUGCUGCCGAUGCUACGAAAGAAGCCCAGGCUGCUAUUGUUGAGACAUUUGCUUUGAAAGACCAAAUCCAAAAGCUGAUCGAAGAGAAGGUUGCCAAUCAACACGAGUUGGCGAUUCAUGCAUAAGAAAGGCGAACCAUUGAGGUAACAUUGUGUUUCGGAAUAUAUUUACGCUGUUCAUUUCAGUACGAGCGUGAAAGGAUCGCGACGGAACGCGGUCUCCAUGCUGAAGCAAAGCGGUGGCUGAUGCAGGAAGUGUCCGAACGGGACAACAAAGUGUCGAGCUUGCGUCUAGAGCUGAGUAUGAAAUUCUGUUCACCGCUCACCACAGACAGAGAAACCCGAACUCGUUCUCGUACCUGCUGGAAGAAGAGGCCACUCGUUUCGCACAGGAAAUCGACAUGCUGUACAGAGCCUACUUCCCAUCGGAUUCUAUCGGCAGAGAGAUGAUCGAGAAGAUGCUGGCAAGCUGAAAGACCCCGGACGCCAUCGAGAUCAUUCUCCAGAAUGGAGUGUAAGUCAAUCAGUAAUUGACCGCCAAUGAGUAACAAGUUUCAUUUUCAGGACCGCCAUGUCGGGUCUCGUGAAGACAUUGGAAAGCCGACAGCCGACUAUUGUGUACAAGGAGAGACGGGUCAAGAGGAACUCUCUGGAUUCUGGCGGUAAGCUUGAAAACCAUCUAAACUCAAACAAUUGUUCUCUUUUCAGCUGA